AUGUUUCGUUUAAAGGAAUUACAAAAAAAGCAACAACAACAACAACAACAACAGCAACAAGCUGCAGCACCAGCAACUAAUGGAACAGAUGCUGUUACCACAGAACCAACAGAUGUAAAGAGACAAAAUUCUAAUGACUUGAAGGAAAUUAGAAAACAAAAAUCAAAAGAUAGUUAUUUUUCAUUAAAAACAAAACAAUCUUCAGAAUCUGGUAGCAAAAGAGCAAAUCCAGCAGAAUUAAGAGCACAAAAAGAUAUUGAUGAAAUGGAAGUUCCAACUGGUUGUGCAGUUUCAUUCAAAGAUACAAAUGAUAUUUUGAACUUUAAUUUAUCAAUUACUCCAACUGAUGGACUUUAUCAAUCAGCAACAUUCCAAUUUACAAUUAAUAUUCCAUCAACUUAUCCAUACGACCCACCAAAGGUUCAUUGUGAUACUCUUGUUUACCAUCCAAACAUUGAUUUAGAAGGUCAUGUUUGCCUUAAUAUUCUUAGACAAGAUUGGAUGCCAGUUUUAAAUAUUGGUACUGUUAUUUUUGGUCUCAUGACCUUAUUUUUAGAACCAAAUCCAGAUGAUCCAUUAAAUAAAGAUGCAGCUCAAUUGAUGAUAGAUAAUAAAAAGACUUUUGAAGCAAAUGUUAGACAAUCAUUACGUGGAGGUUAUAUUUCAAAUCGUCAAUUCCCAAAAUUAUUAUAG